CACAUGUACUUCUUUCUUAAGAACUUGUCCUUCAUUGAUCUCUGCUACAUUUCUACAGUGGUACCCAAAUCCAUUAUCAACUCCUUGAGCAGUGACAGCUCCAUCUCCUUCCUGGGUUGUGCCUCACAGCUCUUCCUAGUGGUCUUGUUUGCUGCUUCAGAGAUAUGUGUCCUUACUGCAAUGUCUUAUGAUCGUUAUGCUGCCAUCUGCUCCCCCCUGCGCUAUGUGCUCAUCAUGAACAAAACAGCCUGUAUGCACAUGGCAGCAGCAUCAUGGCUCAGUGGAGGUCUGCUUGGAGUAUUGUUUUCAGCUUCUACUUUCUCCUUGACCUUUUGUGGAUCCAAUGCUGUCCAGCAGUUCUUCUGUGACGUCCCCCCUCUGCUGAAGAUCUCCUGCUCUGAAGUCCACAUUGUCAUUGAUGUGAGUGUGGCUGCUGCGUUAGUCUUGGAUGCCGUCUGCUUCACUUAUGUCACCCUCUCCUACGUCUUGAUCUUCUCAGCGGUGCUGAGGAUGCCGUCCUCCGAGGGCCGAACCAAAGCCUUCUCCACCUGCCUGCCCCAUCUCACUGUCAUCAUUAUUUUUCUCUUUACCGGAGCAUUUGCCUAUCUCAAACCACCUUCAGACUCGCCCUCAGCUCUGGAUCCGCUGGUUUCCGUGUUCUACACUGUGAUGCCCCCCACUAUGAACCCCCUUAUCUACAGCCUG